CUUUAAUAAUUCAUUUAUUUAAACCUGUGACACUGCAUUGUGGUUCAAGGUUUAACUCUUGGUUAUUCAACAUCAGUCCCUCACUCUGAAGAUGUUCACUCAGAGUCUUUGUGACACUUGCUUUGCUUGUCAGUAGAAAUUUCACUUGAGAGCACAUUAGCUUCAUCUAAGGGAAACUAAUGGAUCUAAGAGGGUACUUCAACAGGAUCGGGUUUACUGGACCAUAUGACAAACCUGAUCUGGACACUUUAUGCACCAUCCAUAAGCUGCAUGUUAUGACCAUUCCAUUUGAGAACCUCAGCAUCCACUGUGGGGAGAAGAACACGACGGACCUGAACAUCAUCUAUGAUAAAAUAGUCAAAAGCAAACGUGGAGGCUGGUGUUGUGAAAACAACCUCUUGUUCUCAUGGGUCCUAAAGGAGAUGGGUUACAAAUACACCACACUAGGCUCCAAGGUGUUUAAUAAGUUCCAAAAUGGUUUUCACCCCGUGGACUCUCAUCUCAUCAAUAUGGUGGAGAUUGAUGGGAAGCCUUACAUUACCGACGUGAGCUAUGGAGUGUCGUGCCAACUGUGGUAUCCCUUAGAGAUGAUCUCAGGUAAAGAUCAGCCGCAGCCUCCAGGUGUGUUCCGCCUACUAAACGAUGGGAUGACGUGGGUUCUGGAGAAGACUUCAAGAAAGCAAGUGGUUAAAGACAAGGCCUAUGCUCAUUCCAGCCUCAUUGACAGGCGUCUAACUAAGAAAAUGUAUUGCUUCCCAUUAACACCCCGUGAUAAAGAGCAUUUUGUGGAAACCCUGGAUUGCUUGCAGACCAGUCCUGAUUCUCGGUUUGUGCUGAAGUCCAUUUGCUCCCUUCAGAAGCCCAACGGCUUCAGAGCUCUGAUUGGCUGGACUUACAGCGAGAUCACAUACAUCCCCGAGGAGGACUGUGACAUGGUGGAUAUGAAGGAAAUCCCUGACUGUGAAAUAGAAGCUGUGCUGAAGGAAAAGUUUAAUGUGGUGUUAGUUAAUAAGUUCACACCUAAAAACAAAAAAGCUAAUUAUUGUAUGUAAUACAGUAUACUACCAUGACCCGUAAGUAUUGUCAUGCAUCUCAGUGGACAAUACUUGUCACCAGAGAUGGAAAAAUUAUAAUCCAUUUCAUGCUUUAUAACUUUUUAAUGCCCUCAACAACUACAACAAAUAAUAAUAAUAAUAAUAGUAAUAAUAAAAAUAUUAUAAAAAGUAAAUAAAAUAAAAAAACAGCUUCUUUUGAAUAGCCGUUAAAGGACAAAAAUGUGUGCCAAAUGGGGUAGUUAUGGCAUCUUGCAGCAGGGGCAUAGCAAAACUAUGGUCACUUGAGACAAAUUCUCAUACUUCCUUGAAUGGCCUUUUCUUUAGGAUGCAACAAACAGGUCUAACCAAUAGAAGAAUUUCUGUGAAAGUCUAGCCCUGAAUGCAGCACUGUUUCUGUGUGUCUCAAUAUUUCUUAUUAUUUUGAAAAUAUUAUUUAACAUAGGAGUUGUCACCACUUGACGUCCAAUAAAGUUCAGGUUAAGGUUAAGGUUAGAAUCACCCCUUUAAACCCCUAUAAUCAAAUCAAACCUUUACCUCUUCACUUACUAAUAAAGUCUGUAAAUGUUUGUCCAGGGUGCUGAUAAAACAGAACACAGAUAGCAUUGUGUGUUAAAACUGGUUACUAACAACAGGUCAGGUUAAUG